AGUCCGGAUCGUGGUAGAGCGCCGCGUCGCAGUCAUGUGACGUCACGGCAGCGCCACUUUCUGGGGGCUUUCCCCGCCCACCCCGGCACUGUUCUCUCUUUCCGGACCUGGCAGAGCAGGAGGCGCCAUCAUGGGAGUUGACAUUCGCCACAACAAGGACCGAAAGGUUCGGCGCAAGGAGCCCAAGAGCCAGGAUAUCUACCUGAGGCUGUUGGUCAAGUUGUAUAGGUUUCUGGCCAGAAGAACCAAUUCCACAUUCAACCAGGUUGUGCUGAAGAGGUUGUUUAUGAGUCGCACCAACCGGCCACCUCUGUCCCUUUCCCGGAUGAUCCGGAAGAUGAAGCUUCCUGGCCGGGAAAACAAAACGGCCGUGGUUGUGGGGACCAUAACGGACGACGUGCGGGUUCAGGAGGUGCCUAAACUAAAGGUAUGUGCACUGCGCAUAACCAGCCGGGCCCGCAGCCGCAUCCUCAGGGCAGGAGGCAAGAUCCUCACUUUCGACCAGCUGGCACUGGACUCCCCCAAGGGCUGCGGCACUGUCCUGCUCUCCGGUCCUCGCAAGGGCCGAGAGGUGUACCGGCAUUUCGGCAAGGCCCCAGGAACCCCGCACAGCCACACCAAACCCUACGUCCGCUCCAAGGGCCGGAAGUUCGAGCGUGCCAGAGGCCGACGGGCCAGCCGAGGCUACAAAAACUAACCUUGGAUCCCUACCCUCUUAUUAAAAAGAUUUUGAAUGCGGACAGU